GAGUAUAACCAUGACAACCUAGUAGUGCAUCAAAGGAUAACCUUGUUGUACGUAAGUGACAUUGCAAGUAGUGCAAUAAGAAUGGAAAGGUACCAAGUGGUUCACGUUACGGAUCGUUCACAGGUAGGUCUUUGUCGGCCGGGAUGGAGGAUGUUGACUUGAUGUUACUUUCUACCAUGAAUCCCUCCCCUGAGAUCCCCCACUCCGUGGAAAUCUCCGCACCCAUUUAUUCUGUUCGCACUGGGGAUUUCUACCGCUUCAGCUCUGAACCUUUGAGUUUUGACUUGCAAUUCUGUUCUGUUGAUCUCGCAUCGUCCAAACAGGUUUCUUGCCGUUUGUCUAACGUGUGUAAUAUUUCGAUUGGCCUGUUAACGCGUCAAUUUCAAGCGCGAGUAUUGCAUACGAACGAAUUGGUAUUUAUUUCUAAGCUAUUCAACAUAGCUGAAGGCCAACAGAAAAUCAAGGAUUGCGAUAACCUUGCUCAUCAUUUAUGAAAUUCAAGUAGAAUGCCCAUUUGUUAUGUCAAGUUUCGAAAGAUAAACAAAACACGAAGCUUUGAGCAAACAAUUGUUUUCGAUUACUUCUUCAUCAGGCUCAUACAGUAAUA